GCUGCUGGGCAAAGAAGCAGCAUGCGUCCAGCGUCCACGUCGUCGCAUCCAAGUGGGUGUCAAGUAGGGUAGCUCCCAACGACACCAAAACUGCAUGCCUCGUGGCCUGGCAUCUGUCCCACUUUUGAUCCGACGUUGCUGCGCGCAACGGCACCAGGUCUACCAGAGUUUCUCGCCUGCAUGCCCAUCGCUUCCAUGCUCACCCGAGACACCUACGCCAGAUGCAGCGUUGACCGCUGCGGCGUUCCAGAAGACGCGCUGGAUUUCGCCGUUGAAAGCGCCGCACUUGGGCGCCAGGCCACAUGUCGCGCCCAGGCGCCGGGUUACCCUCCUCGCUCCGAUGUGUGGCGCCUCGGGACUUGAGCGCGGAGCAAAACUUCACGCUAAUCUCCCCAGCGCCAGCGCGACCAUGCCCCCACAGGCAUCCCGCCUCGCCCAAUCGCCAUGAUCGGGCUGGCAGCUUUUUUUGACCGUAUUGGUCACUGAUCAGCAUCCAUGGACGACAGACUGCGCGUAGCCUUCCGGCUGUGGAUGGGCACUUGUCAUGUUCCACUAGACCC